AUGAAGUGUAUCGCAGCUACAGUCAUGCUUGCCAUUUUGGCAGUCAUCGCCGAAGGAUCGUACGCCCCAGCGGUCUACGCCGGUCAUCACGGAUACGCUGUGGCUCCGGUGGUAACCUAUGCUGCCCAUCACGGAGGACCAACGGUUGUUCAGUCGAAUGAUCAUCAUGGUUGGGCCUAUGCCAACAAUCACUGGGGCUAUGCACCGGCUGCCGUUGCCUACAACAGCUGGGAUGGUCAUUAUGCUCCUGCGGUAGCCUACCAGGGCGCUCACUGGAACCACUGGGAUGGUCAUGUUGCCGCUCCAGUUGCUGUUCAGCAUGCUGCUUCCUAUGUGGCCGCUAACCGUGGAGCUGUACACAAGGCUCCUCUGGUCGGACAUGCCGUUAACCAGAAAUCACUGAACCUGGCUCCAGCUCCCGGAACCUGGUAG